AUGGGUGGCGUUCUGAGUUACUUCCGUGGUUUGUUCGGCCAAAAGGAAAUGCGCAUUUUAAUCUUGGGUCUGGACGGAGCUGGGAAGACUACAAUUCUCUACCGUUUACAUGUUGGCGAGAUUGUUACCACUGUUCCAACUAUUGGCUUCAAUGUGGAACAAGUAACAUACAAGAAUCUUAAGUUCCAAGUAUGGGAUCUCGGAGGUCAAACGUCGAUCCGGCCUUACUGGCGAUGUUAUUAUCUGAACACAGAUGCUGUGAUCUACGUUGUAGAUUCUGCUGAUAAAGAUAGGAUAGGAAUAUCAAAACAGGUAUAUCGUUUUCCUUCUUCUUCAUUUCUCUUUAGGAGUUGGUUUCAAUGCUGGAAGAAGAAGAGUUAAAGGACGCAAUCCUGAUGGUUAUUGCCAACAAACAAGAUAUUCAGGGAUGCUUAACUGUUGCUGAAAUACAUAAAGCUCUUGGGCUAGAUGCGCUUAGAAACCGAUCGUUCCAGAUAUUCAAAGCUUCGGCAACCAAGGGAGAAGGUCUCGAUGAGGCCAUGGAAUGGUUAGCCAAUGCGUUGCAACAAAAAUCUUAA